CAUCAUCAUCAUAUAAUACUAUUUAGCGAUUAGCAAUGAUCAGCUGCUUCUUACUUCAGAUCCUUCUUCACUGGUAGCUUUCUUACUUUCAAUCAAUCACAGGUUUCUUAUUUUUAAGACUUAAUUUAAUCACUACUAAUGGCGCCGCCUAAACACUCGAAAGUUGAUGGAAGAAAAGCAACCAGCAAUUACUGUUCUACAGUAACACUGGUGGCUUUCGUGGCCCUCUGUUUGGUUGGUGUGUGGAUGAUGACUUCAUCCUCUGUUGUUCCUCUUCAAAGUUUAGACAAUAAGAGUACAGAUCCAGUUAGGACAGUAAUCACCAAGACAUAUGACACCGAUGCUAGCAAUGACCAGACUGAAACUCCUGCAAACAGCAAUUCAAAACAAUUUGAGGAUAAUACUGGGGAUUUACCUGAGGAUGCUACAAAAGGAGAUACCGGUGCAAGUUCACAACAGGACAAAAACAGCCUGGUUGACAAUUCUAAUGAAGAUACACAAGAGAAUGAAACGACAUCAGGAAGUGACAAGGAGGUGAACCAAGAAGAGAAGCUUACUAAAACAGAUGAAAAUGAAAUAAAAGGUGAGCCAGAAAACUUUGAGGGGAAGGAAUCUAAAGACGAAGAUAACUCAUUGUCAGAAAGCCAAGAAAAGGAGGUAAAGGGGGACAAACAGGACGUUGAUUCCACCUCAUCUGAAGUAUUACCUUCUGGGGUCCAGUCAGAGAUUUUGAGCGAAACAACUGCUCAAAAUGGAUCAUUUUCAACUCAGGCAACAGAGUCGAAGAAUGAAAAGGAUGGGCAUAAGUCACCAGAACCUGAUAAUGAUAAUAACAACAAUUAUGGGUACCAAUGGAAACUUUGCAAGGUUACUGCUGGGCCAGAUUUCAUUCCCUGCCUUGAUAACUUGCAAGCAAUUAAGAGCCUUCGAACCACUAAGCAUUAUGAACAUAGGGAAAGGCAUUGUCCAGAAAGCCCUCCAACUUGCCUUGUUCCUCUCCCUGAAGGAUACAAGCGCCCAAUAGAAUGGCCUACAAGCAGGGAAAAGAUAUGGUACCAUAAUGUUCCUCACACUAAGUUGGCAGAACUUAAAGGACACCAAAACUGGGUGAAAGUUACUGGUGAAUUCCUUACGUUUCCUGGUGGUGGAACACAGUUUAAGCAUGGUGCCCUACAUUACAUUGAUUUCAUACAGGAAAAUGUGCCUGAUAUUGCAUGGGGAAAACGAUCACGUGUAGUACUAGAUGUUGGAUGUGGGGUUGCUAGCUUUGGAGGAUAUCUUUUUGAAAGAGAUGUUCUGGCUAUGUCUUUGGCUCCAAAAGAUGAACAUGAAGCCCAGGUUCAGUUUGCACUUGAGAGAGGAAUACCAGCUUUAUCGGCUGUAAUGGGAACACAAAGACUUCCUUUUCCUGCCAGAGUCUUUGAUAUUGUGCACUGUGCACGCUGCAGAGUUCCGUGGCAUAUUGAAGGUGGUAAACUUCUCUUAGAGCUGAAUCGUCUAUUACGACCUGGUGGUUACUUUGUCUGGUCAGCUACUCCUAUCUAUCAGAAACUUCCAGAAGAUGUUGGAAUUUGGGACGCAAUGACAAAAUUAAUUAAGUCGAUGUGCUGGGAAGUCAAGGCAGUUGCCAAGGAUAAGAUCAAUAAAGUGGGUGUGGCUGUAUAUCAGAAGCCUAUGUCUAAUGAAUGUUAUGAGAGAAGAAAUCAAAAUGAACCCCCACUUUGCAAUGAAUCUGAUGAUCCAAAUGCAGCCUGGAACGUACCUCUGCAGACAUGCAUGCACAAGGUACCUGUUGCUGCGCCAGAGCGUGGCUCAAAGUGGCCUGAACAAUGGCCAUCAAGGGCGGAAAAACCACCUUACUGGUUGUUGACUUCACAGACUGGUGUUUAUGGAAAACCAGCACCCGAGGAUUUCUCUGCUGACCUUGAACACUGGAAACGCGUAGUGAGCAAGUCGUAUAUGAAUGGCUUAGGGAUAGAUUGGUCAACUGUCAGGAAUGUCAUGGAUAUGAGAGCUAUAUAUGGAGGAUUUGCGGCUGCUUUAAAAGACAUGAACCUCUGGGUCAUGAAUGUGGUGCCAGUUGAUUCCCCAGAUACACUACCCAUUAUUUAUGAGCGAGGUCUAUUUGGAAUGUAUCAUGACUGGUGUGAAUCAUUCAGCACAUAUCCAAGAUCUUAUGAUCUUCUCCAUGCUGAUCAUCUAUUCUCCAAGAUUAAAAAGAAGUGCAAUAUGACGGCUUUGGUUGCGGAGGUAGAUAGAAUAUUGAGGCCAGAAGGGAAACUUAUUAUGCGUGACACAGUAGAGGUCAUCAAUGAAGUAGAGAACAUGGUGAGGUCCAUGAACUGGGAAGUGCGGUUAACUUACUCAAAAGACAAAGAAGGAUUAUUAUGUGUUCAAAAAUCCAUGUGGCGGCCUAAGGAGGUAGAAACAAUCCCAUAUGCCAUCGCUUAAAGGUCAUUUCACUGGUAAUUCUUUCCAUAUGGUCCGUGUAUCAUAGUAUAUUAGAAGAUGUUUAGUGUCUGCACUCAAGUACCAAAGUUGAGUUUGUUUUUAACAUAUGGGUAGAGCUGGGUUUGGUUUUAGGGUAUUUUACAUUAUGUUUAUUUCAGAAACUGAAUUCAUUCUUGCUAGGGAAGAGGGGCUUCAUGGCAGAAUUAAUCGUGCAAAUUUUGAGUGUAUUAUUUUUUGAAUUUUGUUCUGUUCAAUUUGGGUUUAUAUAUCUAAAUUUUAGUUUCUUAUA